CAGCACAAGCCAAAACAACGCUGUCCAGACCCGCGAGGGGCAACACCACCGGCAGGUCUCACCUGCAAGAUUCCACUCAUCACCUCCCGUUUCAACAUGUAAAUAAAAUCCUCUACCUGCCGGAGCUACGAUCGCAACCCUGCACACAUUGCUUUCCUCUCCUCUCCCCUCCCCGUGCUGCCGCAGUCGGGAAAUACAUCGACUUCUUGAUGUUUUAUUUUUGGAUUAAAUAGCAACAUUGAACAAGGCUCUCAGCGAUUUCAACAGGCAGAGAGAGACACCAUGGUCUGUUCAACGCCUCAGCGAUGUCGAGCUCCGUCCCAACGCAUGUUCAAGUCCAUCAGGCUUCCAAAGGAUAUACAAUAAGAUCUCUUAUCAUGGAUGAUGCCACUGAACUACGGACCGAUGGGAAUUCCCUCCUAAAGGCUGUGUGGUUGGGGAGGUUGAGAUUAACCAGACUUUUAUUAGAAGGUGGAGCAUACAUUAAUGAAAGCAAUGAAAGGGGAGAGACAGCUCUAAUGGUGGCUUGUAUGACCAGGCAUGUAGAUCAGCAGAGUGUGAGCAAAGCCAAGAUGAUCAAAUAUCUGCUAGAAAAUCAGGCAGACCCAAACAUUCAAGAUAAGUCUGGUAAAACAGCAUUAAUGUAUGCCUGUAUUGAGAGGGCUGGAGAAGAAGCUGUAUCCUUGCUGCUGACCAAUGGAGCUGAUCCAAGCCUGGAGGAUCAUUCUGGUGCAUCAGCGUUGGUUUAUGCCAUCAACACAGAUGACAAAGAGGUCCUUAAAUGUCUGCUGAAUGCCUGCAAAGCUAAAGGGAAAGAAGUCAUAAUAAUAACUACUGAUAAAUCUCCUUCUGGUACAAAAACAACCAAGCAGUAUCUAAAUGUUCCACCAUCACCAGAGUUGGAAGAGAGACAUAUGCCUCUGUGUAUGUCCCCAUCCGAUAUUGAGCUCAAGACUUCUUUGACUCCAUCACCUACCAGUGAGCAGGAAGAUGAAAAAUCAUUUAACUUCCAGGUAAUCUCACAUCAAACUGGAAGUUACACUAGCAAACCACACAAUGAUCUUGGCUCUCCAACUAGAAAAGCCAAUCCAAAACGAAUUGGGACACGACUACCACAGUUAAAGAGGCUUCAGUCAGAGCCCUGGGGUUUGAUUGCUCCAUCUGUUCUUGCAGCAUCUGCUUACCAGGAGGAGAGCAAAAGGGUUAGUCCAGAUGAUGAGAUCAUGCAAGGAAUCAAUGGGUUGACUCUGCCCAAACGGACAACUUUGUCCAGGACCAACAGCAUAGAAAGUAAAGAUCCAUCUACGUUCCCAUUUGUAGGUGACUCAACUUCUAGAACUCCAUCCACAUCAGCACCAGUUUCCCGAAAACAGUCCUAUGAGAAGAACCAAGCUCAACAUCAGCCUUUAGCUAGAAGAAGCACGUUGCCCUCUGAGCAAGAUAGCGUCAGCAGCUUUGCUUCAACUGGCCAAGUGAGCUUGCGAGACACUGUUCACCGCAGAAGAUUGGGCAAUGACCAUUAUGAUUCAGACUCCCAACUUUAUUCAGAUUCAGUCACCACUCCUUUUGAUCCAAUAAAAAUUACUUUUGAAAGAAAGAAACAUAACACCUCUCCCUUGACCUUGUUGAAUAGCUCUCGUGAAUCAUUAGAUAGCAUCUCCAGCACAUCACCUAAUUCUGUUCGUCGCAGACCCCCAGGUCUCCUUGAAAGGAGAGGCUCUGGAACAUUACUUCUAGAUCACAUCUCUCACACAAGGCCAGGACAUCUGCCUCCACUGAAUGUCAAUCCCAAUCCACCCAUCCCUGACAUUGGCUGCAACAGCAAACCUUCAUCCCCUCUGACCAUGUGCUUGAAGUCUGUCGUUCCCAUGGCACCAUCUUCACCAAAGCGAAAUGACAUGAAAGCCAAGAGGAAGCUGGUGAGAAGACAUUCUAUGCAGGUGGAACAAAUGAAGCAGUUGUCGGAUUUUGAGGAGCUGAACACUUAGCAACACAUUGAUCUUAUCUUCAUUUUAUGGAUCUUUUGGAUAAGUAAGACUAAUUCCAGUUUAACAAGUACAAUGUUUUUCUUUAAAGUGAUUCAAUACAUCGAAUUGGGCUGGCUGGGUCACCUUGAUUAUAUGUGAUGGAUACAAACCAAUCAAAUCUUGUUCCGAAUAAGGAUGAAAUUCAAAUGUAUCGGGGUCAUGAAAUUAACAAUAAGGGCUUCUCAUAUAUACCAUAUGUGACAUUCUAUUAUAUUGAUUACAGAAGACACUGGUCAUUUCCCAUUAAGCACCUCAUUGUCUUUUGGUGCUGCAGUUGACACAAUAAUCAUAUUAGUUAUCAUCUGAAAACGAGUGUCAGUCUCCUGUUACAAACCACAUGGGAUAUUUAUUAAUAGUCCGCUAGCACUUCCAUUCUUUUGCCUGACCUUUACUUCAAUUGACUAUGGGGUCACCAGACAUUCCUUCCAUCGAUUGCAAGGGCACUGGUCUCUCACUCAAUGUAAAAAUAAACUGUAGGAGCUUCUACUUAUAUCCACAAAGCAUGAGUAUAACAAGGGAAACCUUGUUGGCAGGGAGGGGGGAGUUUAUAAAGGACAAUAAAAAAAUGGUAGAGAAAGUUAACAAAUACUUUGUGUCUUCCUUGAAGAUAGUUACAAACACAUCUCCUAAAGAACCAAGGGUCCCAUGCACAUAAGCAAAUAAAAAAUAGAUAUGAAUGAAGAAAUGAUUCCAGAGAAGUUAGUAAACUUUAAAAUUAAAAUAAAAGUAAGGACCUGCUCAUCCACCACAAAGGUUUGAAAAUGAUGACUGAAGAGACAAUAUAAACUUUGCUUAUCAUCUUUCAAGAUCUGACAAACUCUGUAAUGAUUCCUGCAGAAUAUAGUAGUAAAUGUGAUCCCCUUUCUUUAAGAAAUGAAUGAGAGAAAAUAAGGGAUUAAUGAUCUGUCAACCUGAUGUCAGCAGUAGAAAAUCUAUAAUUAAGGAUACGAGGAGGGGGGGAGGGGGAAGAAGAAAGCUAGAAGAGGUGAGAGGCAAAACAAAGUGGCAGGCUAUAGAUGGACACAGGUGAGGGGGGAUUUUGAUAGGCAGAUGAUUGGAACAAGGGCCAGAGAUAAAUGCAUGGGGUGUGCAACAGGGUUGGAGUUGUGAAUAGCAGAGCUAGAUGCAGGAAAC